AUGUCUGACGACGAGCAGCACAACCAGACCUUUGAGCAGGCCUCUGCGGGCGCCUCGCUCACCUUCCCCAUGCAAUGCUCGGCUCUCCGCAAGAACGGACACGUCGUCAUCAAGGGUCGUCCCUGCAAGAUCGUCGACAUGUCGACCUCCAAGACUGGCAAGCACGGUCACGCCAAGGUCCAUCUCGUCGCCAUCGACAUCUUCACUGGCAAAAAGCUUGAGGAUAUCUCUCCCUCCACCCACAACAUGGAUGUCCCCAACGUCACCCGUAACGAGUACCAGCUCGUCAACGUCGACGACGGUUUCCUCAACCUCAUGACCCAGGACGGUACCGCGAAGGACGACGUUAAGGUCCCGGAGGGUGACCUCGGCAAGCAGAUCCAGGCCGACUUCGAUGACGGCAAGGACCUGCUCGUCACCAUCGUCUCUGCCAUGGGCGAGGAGCAGGCCAUCUCCGUCAAGGAGGCCCCCAAGGGCGCUUAA